GCCGACCCCUUUCUCUUGCUUUGUUAUCAUUCAGCUCUGAAUUAGAAAAGGUCGCCUAUAGAGACCACCCUCCCCCCUCUGACCUCUCAGCAUGUCCACCACCGCCCGCCCCUUCUUUGCCCGCCUAUGGUCAGGCUACACUACCGCCCUGCGCGAACGUCCCUUGAGGACAAAGAUGAUCCAGAGCGGUGUGCUCUUCAUUACGGCGGACUUGGUAGCUCAGAUGGGUAUUGAGGGGAGAAGUAUGAGGAAAGCUAUUAUGGGGGAGCAGGGGGAGGAGAUCUAUGAUCCUUUAAGAACAGCUAGGAUCACUACUUAUGGGUCUAUUGUGUUUGCUCCCCUCGCCCAUGCAUGGCUGAGCCAGCUGGAGAAGGUCAAUCUCUCGAACAAGGUGACCACUCUUGCUACCAAGGUCACUCUGGAUUGCCUCGUUUGGUCACCAUGUGUCACGUUCAUGUUCCCGACGUCUCUCGGUCUAUUAGAAGGCAAAAGUAUAGAAGAGGUCAGACAAAAAGUUGCCAUGGGCUGGUUCCCAACAUGGCAAAAAGCAGUCUGCGUCUUUGGCCCCACCCAGAUUCUCAAUUUCACCCUCAUCCCCCCACAACACCGUCUCCUCGCCGUCCAAUCCGUCGGCAUGUGCUGGAACACCUUCCUCUCAUGGCAAAACAACAGAAACAACAAGAUACUCGCGCAAGCUACCGCCCACCUCGCAGAGGCAAGACUGCACGCAGCGGAAGUGGAGGGUGAGAAGACGCAUAAGGAGGGAGAAGUGGAGGAGGCCGAGAGGGAUGUGGAGGAAGCGCGAGAGGCUGUAAGAAAGGCGCAGGAGAAGAAGGACAAGAUGAAGAAAGAGGGUGGCGCGUUGGGUGUUGGGACCAGGAUGGGGUGGUCAUGAGAGUGGCUAUUGUAUGCGUAUCACUAAUACAUCUUAGAUUUCUAGAUCUCACUAGAUCGGCAUAGACAUGCGUUGUUGUAGAGCUAAUAGACCGUAGAGAUGUUACAUCUACACUGCA